GACCCCCUGGGCCUGGGUUCGGGCCUCACAGUCGCCUCGGCUCCGGGGCCUCGACUCCAAUCCCCGGGGCCUCAGUCCGACUCUAGGCCCCGGGGCUCGGCUCGGGCCUGACUGUAGUCCCGGGGCCUGGGCCUGGGCCCCUCCCCCGGGCCUCGGUCUCUCUCUCCCUCUCUCUCUCUCGGUCUCCCGAUGGACCCUCACGGCGGGAACGUUCCCGCCUUCCUCACCAAACUGUGGACGCUGAUCGAGGACCCGGACACGAACGAGCUGAUCUGCUGGAGCGCGAGCGGCAACAGUUUCCAUGUCUUUGACCAAGGACGUUUUGCAAAAGAAGUGCUUCCAAAAUACUUCAAGCACAAUAAUAUGGCCAGCUUUGUGCGGCAACUCAACAUGUAUGGAUUCCGUAAGGUGGUGAACAUUGAGCAGGGAGGGCUGGUCAAGCCAGAGAAGGACGACACCGAGUUCCAGCAUCCCUACUUCCUCCGUGGCCAGGACCAGCUGCUGGAGAACAUCAAGAGAAAGGUAACAAGUGUGUCAGCUGUGAAGCCGGAAGAGAUAAAGGUGCGGACGGAUGAUGUGGGUAAAAUUCUAACCGAUGUGCAACUCAUGAAAGGCAAGCAGGAGAAUCUGGACUCUAAGCUUAUGACUAUGAAACACGAAAACGAGGCGCUGUGGCGCGAGGUGGCCAGCCUGAGGCAGAAGCACACGCAGCAGCAGAAAGUGGUCAGUAAGCUGAUCCAGUUCCUGAUUUCCCUCGUGCAGACAAACCGUAUCAUCGGGGUGAAGAGGAAAAUCCCGCUCAUGUUGAAUGACAGCAGCUCAGCACAUUCCAUACCCAAGUACAAUCGUCAGUACUCAUUGGAACCUCUGCAGGGAUCAUCGGCACUGACGGCGACGGCUGCAAAUUUCCCAGGCAACAACUGCUAUUCCCCAGCCAGCUCCAUAUCCUCGGGUCCCAUCAUCUCAGACAUUACAGACCUGCGUCAGAGCAGCCCGUCUGUGUCACCGUCCAGCAUCAAGGAAGAGAGCAGGUCGAGUCCUAGGGUACAGAUUAAGGAGGAGAGCCCGAGCCCCCCCAGCAGCCCGCGGGUGGAGGAGGCAAGCCCCCCGGUGCCCCUCGCUGACUCGCCCCUCUCUCCCUCCACCUUCAUCGACUCCAUCCUGGAGUCCAACGAGCCGAGCUCCGCCUUGCCCCAGCCUGAGGAGCGGUGUCUCAGCGUGGCCUGUCUGGACAAGUACGUACCAGGGAGCAUUGACCAUUUGAUUCAAGCCCAGAUGACGUCGGAGGGCAAUUGUGUUUUCCACAGUCUUUCCUCUUCCUCUGCUCACACCAGAGCACUGCCAGGAUCAGAUAUCUACGAUCACCUGGACAGGAUAGACUCCAGCCUGGACAACCUACAGAGCCUCCUGUCAGGCCAGACCUUCAGUGUGGACUCGAGCACGCUGUUAGACCUGUUCAGCCCUUCCCUGUCGCCUGUUGACCUGAACCUGCCAGAUGUGGAGAGUAACCUCGCAGCAAUCCAGGAUCUGAUGGGAUCCCAGGAACAGAAGUCCACGGAGGGGGACAGCAAACACUUACGCUACAGACAAACCAGCUGUGCUCCUGUCCUGUUCGAGCUCGGAGACUCUUCCUACUUCCCGAUGGCGGAGGAGCUGAACGCUGAGGCCGCGGUGGAUGACCCCCUGUCACUGCUGUCCAGCGCUGACCUGUCACAGAGCAAAGAAUCCCCCACGUCCUAACUCCUCACCCCCCCCACCACCACCCCCUCACCCCAUGCCUCCCAGCCCUCCCCCCUACCAUGCCCUCGCCCUGCUCACAGCCUGGCUUUGGCUGGCACACACGAACAGCGAGACAGGAGAGCGAGCGCCAUGUAUUAAAUAUUUCAUUUUUAACAUG